AUGGCCGACUCCCACGAAGACCCGACGAGCCCUCUCGACAGUCCCUCUCCUCCCACCUCGCCUGAUGACAUUGACGCAUCACCGCUGCAGAGCCAGAAACUGCCCAGGCUCAGCGCGCCCAGAGGUACUUCCGAUAACAGCAUACCCUCCAGCAUGUCGAGCAUGACCGCCUCGUCCACCCCGCGGGGAACACUGGAUGCUGCGCGGAGACCACCGGGAGCCUCUGUGCCUGGAAGAGGACCGCCCGCCGCCAUGAACCCAGACAUUGCUGCCAAGAUGAAGGCAUUUUCAUUGUCACGAGCAGGUCCGCCCACCCCAUCAGCAACCAGAGGUCCGUCCACCCCAUCAGCAACCAGAGGUCCGUCGAGUCCACCGACCGCUACGGCUGUUCCGCCCAUGGGUGGCUUUCCCUCAGGUUUCAAACUACCUGCUGCGCUUAACAGGCCCGCACCACCUCAUGUGGCAUCAUCGCCGGCUGUUCCUGGAGCUAAUCCGUCUGGGAAACUGUCGCUGGCAGAGAAGCGUGGCAUGAAGUUGCCUGGAGGACUUCCUGGCCAGGCACCCGCUGCAAACUCUGCAGCACCAGCGGGUAGGCAGAAGCCGAAGAUGACUCUCUCCUCUAUGGGAGGUGGAGGCGCACCCAACGGCGACACUGCUCAACCGCCCAAACAGCAAACGCAAAUGGACAAAUAUGCAGACUUCAUCGAUACCAAGACAGGAGCGCUAACGUUCAAGGGCAAAGCGACGGUGACUGGUGAGGGAAUCGAGUUCUCUUCUGGCAAGAGCUUCAACAUAAGCCUGGACGAAGUCGACACGUUGGAUGAGUUAGGGAAAGGAAACUAUGGAACGGUCUACAAGGUCAGGCAUUCGCGGCCGAAGUAUCGAAAAGUUGGUCAGGGUCUGGCUGGAAAUAAGGCACGACCUGUGGACAGGGAAGAGGAAGCAAGUCCGAACUCACCUACGCGAUCUGCAAUACCGACACCGACUAGCGCUCUGACCGAGCAGGCGUAUGGACGAGGAGGGACAACCGGCAUUGUCAUGGCGAUGAAGGAGAUGCGACUAGAGCUGGAAGAUGCAAAGUUUCAGUCUAUCAUCAUGGAACUUGACGUCUUGCACAGGUGUAUAUCGCCGUACAUUGUCGACUUUUACGGUGCUUUCUUCCAGGAAGGCGCCGUCUAUAUAUGCAUGGAGUUCAUGGACGGUGGCAGUAUAGACAAACUAUAUGGAGAUGGCAUACCGGAGGGCGUACUACAGAAGAUCACGUACUCAACGACACUAGGCCUGAAAUCAUUGAAGGAGGAGCACAAUAUCAUUCAUCGAGACGUAAAGCCAACGAAUAUUUUGGUCAAUACGAAGGGACAGGUCAAGAUUUGCGACUUUGGCGUAUCAGGGAAUCUUGUGGCCAGUAUAGCGAAGACGAACAUUGGAUGCCAAUCAUACAUGGCGCCAGAACGAAUAUCAAGUGGCGGCACAGCACAGGCUGGAGCUUCGGCAGAGGGAACAUACAGCGUACAGUCCGAUAUCUGGUCACUGGGUCUGACCAUCAUCGAGUGUGCAAUGGGGAGAUACCCUUAUCCACCGGAGACCUACGACAACAUCUUCUCGCAGCUUUCCGCCAUCGUCGACGGCGAACCACCCGACCUCCCAGCCGACACCUUCUCCGAAGCAGCUCACGACUUCGUCGCCGGCUGUCUCAACAAAAUUCCUAAACUCCGACCAACAUACCCCAUGCUCCUCCAACACGCCUGGCUCGCCGCCCUCGACAAACCAGCCACGAUCCAAGAAGAGGACGAAGAAGCCGCCGAGGCUGCAGAAGCCAAUGGUGAGACCCUUGAACCACAACAACCUCUUAUCAUCGAAGACCAAGCUGGUUUCAUUGAUCGUGAAGUCGGCGAGUGGGUCACCAACGCCAUUGAUCGAAGGAAAAGGGGCGUCAUGGGCAAAAGUGCGAAACCUGCUUUGCAUGCUGCGCCAUUGGAUGCAGUGGGCAGUCCGCAGGAGAAGCCAACGACUGGUGCUGUGGUAGUCUAA